AUAUGCUUAUGUAUGCAAAAUGGCUUAUCAAUCAUGAUGCAAGCAGCAGAGACAUUCUACUCAAUUCUACAACACAUUCAGGAUGAUUCAAGCUAUGACAACAUCCAAGACAAUGCAAUAACAGACCAUGAGAUUCUGGGACUCUAGACAUUACUUACUAUCAAUAAGACAAUGCAGCAGCAAAACAAUUUCAGUGCAAUUAGCCUAGACAUUCUACUAGAAGCUAUAAAUUCUUAAUGGCAUUAGGGAAAGCACAUAGUAUAAUCAGGAGAUAAACCUAUCAAGACAUAUUAAAAUAGAUGAGAUUAGGUUUACUCCCUUGGUUAAAAUGAUGAGGAGUGGUUCUCAAAGUUACCACUUGAAUCCUUACUUCUUCUUCUUCUCUUAUUGCAAUCACCCUUCUGAAGUCACCACCAUGAUGGAAUGCUUGUGGAUGCUUCAGCUACUUCUUCAAUCACCUCACAAUAGAAGCCGCCUUGAUAGAGUAGCCUUCUUCUUCACACAGCCAAGAGUGCUCUGUCUUAGUUUGAGCACCCUCUUGAAUAGGCACGCCACUGCCUAGACCCGGUUGGCUUCUUCUUCUGGUACUUGCAAUGUUAAGAAGAAGAGCACCAGUGAGUUUUACAACCAUCUGUGCUUCUCCCUUUCUUGUAACACCUCUCCAUUGUACACACAAUGGGCAUCAUUCUUUCUCUUUCAACUCGGAUUUGAUGAUGACUUAGGAACACCUUUUGUGAACCUGAAACAUCACUCAAACUCUAGCCAAGAUAAGACACAAUUGCAUUGGGAUCAAUCCUUGACUUCAUCAAGUUUGAUCACCAAUGUCUCAAGCUUUAUAACAUUAGAUAGAAUCAAGACAAUGUCAAGUUCUUAUCUAUGCAAGCAACCAUUCUCUAAAUACUAAGCAAGACCUUAUCAGAUUCAAGUCAAAGUAUUUAGGCAAUUUUAAACACUCCUUAAUAUGCAGUUUAGAUUUUAAUCUAAAUGCAAUAAUACAAGGCAGCACCAAGGCAGUAUGCAUUAAUCCUAAUCAGUUUUUAACUCAUGAAAGCAAGCAUGAUUAGAUAAUAUAAUCUAUCAUCCUAACAAGACAAGUUUAUUCAGAGCUGUCAUUAAGCAUUUAACCAUUUUCAAUAGUAUUGAUGUCAAAUCUUGAUUAAUAUAUAAUCAAGUUUGAUUCCUACUAUCACAAGCAAUGCAACAGAUAGACACAAGGCAUUAUCAAGUUCUAUUCUUUGCAAGCUAACUCUCUAAGUACAAGCAAGAUCCUAACAGAUUCAAGACAAGUUACUUAGGCACUCUUAAGAGCUUCUUUACUCAGCACUUAGACAUGAAUCUAAUGCUUCAAUGUAAGACAGCCAGCGGAUUCAUUUCAUGAAACACAAGCAGGUUUAGACGUCUACUAACUUCCUGACAAGCAUCAUUAGAUCCGGGAUUACACAACACAUCAAUCAUCACACCACCUCAACAUUUCUAUACUCAAGCUUUUAAUAAAGAGGGAAAGAGAUCCAGCUUACAGCCAAGGAACUUUUGCUAGUUCCUUGAAUCUCCAUGGUUCAUGACCAGAUGUUGAGCUCCUGGUGUCAUAUCACACCCCUUCUUCUUCCAUGAACCAUCCUCUUGAACCCACCAUGGCUGAGACACCUCCUUUCCUCCCUUUCAAGUCGCCAAAACCAGUACCAAGUAGAAAGCUGUCACCUUUCUUCUUGAACCACCACUAAGACUCAUGAAUCUAGCUCUUGAAGAGUGUUGUCAAACCGCUUCAAGGCUUUGUUCUUCAGGGUCUCCUUUCUUCAGGUCGAGCUUGAUAAGUCAGAAUAGAGCACAUACAGCUUCUAAGGCACCUCGGAUGUGUUUAUCUUCCUCCUGAAGAUGAACAAACGUUGGCUGGACCAAAGAGCUUCUUCUUUGCUUCAAACAGCCAUGGAAGUGGGCUUGAGCUUUGCGGAAGUUAGAUACCAGGUUCUGAUGAACCUGGCUCUGAUACCAUGAGAUUUUAUAAGGAUUUACUCAAGGUGUGUGUGAGAAAGUGUUUAGGAGAGUUUAUGUGAACAGAUUUGAGACUUAUGAGUAUGGGGAGAGAUUUAGAGUAUGAAAGAGACUAGGUAACGAGAUUAAAGAGACUGAGAGACUUAGAGAAUAGAUUAGAGACUUAGUAUCAAGAACAGACUUUCAUAGAACAUGAAGGAGAAGGGUUUCCCCCCUUUACUCACUUAACCUGUUUACAAACGACCAUACUAAGCUUUUAUAUGAGCUUUACAACUUAGAUCAUAAACCUAGAUCCUAAGGCUGUAAAUACAAGAUAGAAUGGAUGGUAAGGAUGAGAGAAGACUGGUCUUGAUGUUCUGGUUCUUAGCUGGCGACUUGAUCCAAUGUAAAGGGCUUAGAUUGCUUCAUUUGAAUUGAAUGGAUAGGAUGAGUCAAGGCUGUAAAGGUAAAGCACCUUUACCUUUCCAGCUCAUACCAACAGCUCACCUUAUCCAUUUGAAUUUUCCCUUGCCUCCAAGAGUCUCCAACGGUCACAUGAUUCAAACUAAGUCGCGCCCACACAUUGCACAACUUGGGCAAGGCUGAUCCGGAUGAUGGCCGAACUGGAUAGGUUGUACGGACGCUGUACGGCCUUGAGGUCCGUACACUCGCCCUAUGCCUUCAUCUAACUUCCUUCUAAGGUUGACCCUUACAACGCCCUAUCUUUGCACCAUACUUCCAUCUUCUCUCUAACUCCUCCAAAGCCUUCAUAUGAUCAGUAUAAGUCUUUCCUAGACUUAACCUCACAAGAUAACUACUUCAGAACACUUCUGAAGCUUGAUUGAACUCUUCUAGACAUCUUCUAGAGCUUGCCCUAUUAUUGUACAAGCUCCAUCUCCUCUUCAGUUCAACAUGAUGCAACCAAGCCAGUGGCUAAAGACGGAGAAGGAGAUGAGGGUGUGGGAGAUCAAGUUGCUGCUGCCGAGAAGGCCGAGAAGAAGUGGAUUCAAGAAGACUUGAUGGUGCUUUCCGUGCUACAAGGGUCCCUUGAAGAGCAUCUCUUGGAGACCUACAGCUACUGCGAGACUCCAAAACACCUGUGGGAGGUACUCCAGAAGACAUUUGGGAACAUUACCAAUCUGAACCGGGUGUAUGAGAUUAAGAAGGCCAUCAACACACUGGUACAGGAUGGGGAAGAGUUCACCAAGCAUUUGGGCAAGUAUAGAUCCUUGUGGUCUGAGCUUGAAUCAUUGAGGCCAAGCACCGCGGAUCAAGAGCUACUCAUGGAGAGGAGGGAGCAGGAUCAGGUGUUUGGAUUACUGCUGACACUAGAUCCCCCAUUCAAUGAUGUGAUCAAGCACAUGUUGAGGAUGCCGAGUCUUCCAUCUAUGGAGGAAGUGUGUGCGCAGAUUCAGAAGGAAGAGGGGUCACUUGGUAUGUUUGGAGGGAAAGGAGACAUGGCUCUGUCCAACAAGGCUGAAGCAAUCCAAGCAAACAAGGCUGCUUACCGUGGAGAGGAAAGGAAGUUCAGUGGAAACUGUGACCAUUGCAAGAAGCCGGGACACAAGAGGAGUCAGUGCUGGAUCCUACACCCCCAUUUGAAGCCGGCCAAGUUCAACAAGGAGAGAGAGGGAAGAGCUCACCUUUCUGCAGAGACAAGUGAAGCUGGCGCAUCAGGAGCUGGCUCAUCUGGUCUUGCGGGUGAAAGUGAAGGAAGAGCCUUAACCUCUCACCACCAAGGAGCUGUGAAGAACAUGGAUCAUGAGGUGAUCAAGAAGUCAGACAUUGAUGCCUUGAUCAAAGCCCUUAAAGAGUCUGGAUAUUGAAAGCAGUAAGUUGAUUGGGCAAGGAGUAACCAAAGGAGAC